CACAUUCUAAAAGAGAAAAUUUUAUGAAAGGGAGGAUUUAUUUAAGUUCAAAUAAUAAGUUUGAUUUAACGGAUUUUGGUAACAUACCCUUCGUUAACCCUUAAGUGAUUCAGAUUCCUUUAGAAGUUGAAAGAUUCAUUUCUCAAUACAACGGUCAGGAUUCAUUAAGGGGGCGGGAAAAUAAGUUGCUCCCAUCUUUCCAUGCUCUCUCAAAUUUCUUAUGAUGAAUUCAAUAAUGAAGAUCUCUUAUAGUCAAAUAUUAAACAUCAAAAACAAUGUUGGCUUUCCUCCCCAAAACCACUUAUCAAAUGAUCAAUGUUCCCAUGAAUUUGAAGGAAUAACCAUUGAUGAACUACCACACAUCCCCUUACUCUUACAAAAAUCAAGUGCAAGAUCAAACACAUCAAUGCACGAUGAGCUUCGACACUUUAGAAGAUGCUUAAAAUGGUGUGCACUUGAUCUCUCUUCUUCCUUUGGCAAAAACAUAUCUUACCUCACCUUUGUCAUCCUCGCAAUAAUCAUCCCUAUCCUAACCUCAAUAUCAACUGAAAUCCCAUCUUCAUCUUCUUCAUCAGAGAAGCCCCUUUCAUUCAACAAGCUAGUCCAACUCCCUGAAUCCGGAUUAGCCUUUAUCGGGUUCUUAACAUUAUAUCGAUUCUUCAAAGAAUAUGGCCUUAGACAACUACUAUUUCUUGAUGGUCUUAACAAUGAUUCAUUAGAUGUUCAACUUGGUUACAAGUUUCAAGUUGAUAAAGCUUUUAGGAAACUAGCUUACAUUCUUCUCCCCUCUUUUCUUGUUGAAUUUGUGCAUAAAAUACUCUUCUUGUCAACCGUUGUUGUAUCGUUUCCUGUUGUUGGUGUUUUUAGAAUGAAUUCAAUCAUGUUUAUAUUAGGGUUGAUAUCAUGGGUGUAUAGAACAGGUGUUUUCUUGCUUGUUUGUGUUCUGUUUCGGCUAACAUGUGAGCUUCAAAUACUUAGGCUAGAGGGACUAAGGCAUAUGUUCGAAUGUGGGUCUGAACCUUCUGCUAUAUUCUUAGAGCAUCGUAGGAUUAGGGAUCAAUUCUAUGUUACUAGCCGCAGAUUUUGGUUCUUCAUUGUUGGCUGUUUAGUCACCAUAACAGUUAGUCAAUUGGGUGCUCUUCUCAUGGUUUUGGCCUACAAGUCUCAGAAGAAUUUCUUGAACUCUGGUGAUCUUGUGGUAUGUUCAGCAAAGCAAUUGAGUGGAUUCUUCUUAUGUUUGAUGGGAGCAGCAAGAAUAACACAUAGAGCUCAAGGCAUUGUAUCGGUGGCUACACGGUGGCAUAUGCUUAUAACUAGUUGUUGCAGAGAAUGUGAUGGUACAAAUCUCAGCAAAGAUGAGACUCCACCAAUAACAGAUACAUCUCCAACACCCAAUAAUGGCUCUUUGAAUCAAAGGUUGGAUGACUUUGAUCAGUGCUCGUUAGAAGAUGCUGUUGUCAAAGGCUCAAGGGAUACCCAUUCCUUUCAAACCAGACAAGCUUUAGUGGCAUACUUGCAGCAUAACAAUGGUGGGAUAACACUGUUCGGAUUCGCGCUUGAUCGUGGAAUGCUACACACAUUAUUUGCGUUUGAAUUCUCACUAGUUCUUUGGAUUUUAAGUAAGGCAAUUGUACUAUCUUGAAUAAUAAAUUAAUCUCCUGAGUGAACUUGAACAACAACUCAAGUUUGUAGCUCCAGAUAUAUGACUUCUUGUUGUUGUUGAAUGUAUUUACUCAUCGAUUAUAAAUAGUAGUCAUGUAAAUUUUGUCAUUAA